AUGUCUCGAGGACAGGAUUCUCAGUGUUGGAAUUCUUCUGUGGCGGCCAGUUUCACGGAGAAGCAUGUUGCACUCCAGGAUGUCUCCUGUGGCACCGGACAGUUCUGUCGAGGCGAUCAAUACAUUCGUAUUGGGCAGAAAGGCUAUCGUGUUUCGGAGAGUGGCAAGCGCAAUGCCCACCGCAUUGUGUGUUAUAAUUGCUACUCGUACUACCGUGAUCGCCAACGAGACUCUCAAAGUUCGCAUGCUGCUGGACCUCCGCGAUCCUCGGCCCCAGCUCCAGAUGCCAAAGAGAUUCAACGCAUGAAUAAUCAGGGCCGUUUGGGAGAUGUCUCGCGUGCUCAGCAGCACGUUUCGAUUUUUCCUCGCUCGGGUGGCACAAUGGGCCCACCGUCAUCUGUUCCCGCACGCCCGAUUGUUGCAGCUCCGAGUGCCUGGGAUCGUUCUCGCAACUCUGAUAUUGUGUCUCAAAAAGGCUCGAGGAGUCAGAAUCAGUGGUCUGACAAGGGAUACUCGAAGAAUCACGCACAGUACCAAGCGUCUCGUGGCUCAUGGGCACGCUCAAGUUAUGUGGGGCGUUCUCCAAAGAUGUUGCCCAUCCUGGUUGGUAUUCGAUACGAGAUUCUCAAGAAACCAAGAGGCGAAAGCUAUGGAACCAUCAGCGAAGGCAGCAAAAUUCCCGGCGACGCAAGCGCCGAGUUCAUCUUCAACCACGUGUUUGAGGUCCUGUAUGACCGUCUCGUCGCAGAUGCCAAUUUCCAGUUCCGUGAGAACGAGCUCACUGUCCGGGACGUGACAACUUGGCAAGAUUUCAAGGCUCUCCAGUCUGACCACGUGUUCUACUGGGACAAGUACUACAAGAUCUCGGGCAAGGCGACAAAACCAGAAUGGAAGGCUCCCAGGGCAUCUGUUCAGAUUGCUCUAGUGAUUUCGGGCAGGGAGUGGCAACGACGCACGGAAAUGUUAGCAGCGUCUGAACCUGAUGCCGACUCAAAUGAAAAUUCUGUCAGUGCCACAGCGAGCGCCGUCCAGACUCGGGUCACUCGGUUUACAGCAUCCGUCUCGAAUGCAUCUGAUCAAACAGAGGCCAGCACCAUCAGGAGUCUGGCUCGAUCCACUGAUCGUGAGGCAACUAGGGCGCUUUCGCAACGCUCUGGUUCCUCAUCAUCGAGUGCCGUAGUUCUCGGAGCAGCAACAUGGUCCCCCGAUAAACGCCAUGAACGUACACUGAGCCUUGGUGCUCCUUCGACACCUCCCUCGUCGCCACAGCUUCGAUCAAAGUGUUCACAUCCUGGCUGGCGCUCACCGGAUGAGGCGGACUUUGCCCGGCUUCGAAAGGUGGCUAGUGUUGGAGGUCAGGUAUCUCGAUCAGGCACUUGCGAUGUCCCAACUUGCGAGCAGAUUCUAUUUUUCCGCAUUUAUCCCAAAGCCAUGGACGCACUGUUCACUCAGGACGAGGCGGCGAUGCAGUUUGUGUGCGAUCCGGCUGUGGCUGAGCCAGGCACACUCAGUGUUGUCCUGUCUGCUGCUUUAGGGUCUGGUAGUUUCAAGGACGCAUACAAAGGUUUCCUCACCCUUGUUCGACCAUCAACGUCUCCCACUGGGCUCGGAUCAACUGUGAAUCAACGCGUUGCGGCCAAACGGAUGAUCGAUACAAAGGCCAGUCGACGUGAUACAGUCGGAAUCAGACGGUUCAGUCCGGCAGUCGAACUUGAGCAGAGCAUUUGCGAAGGGAAUCUGCUGCUUUGGGCAACCUCACUGUUCGACCUCACAGAUACUUUCGUCCGUCAUCAGCUCAGUAAGCUCGGGGAGCCGCCCUCCAAUCUUGUCAUCCCGGACAUUCGAUUUGUCGAGGGCGGCGUUGCACAAGUCCACAACACUGUCACUGGUACCAAUGUUGUCCGGGCAUCAUCCCUGCGCCGUUCUUUCAUCAUUGAAGAACUGAUUCCCUCUCGCUUUGUCAAAUUUGUCCAUAAUCGCGCUGCUGUUCCUCAUUUAGAUCCUGAUCACCCGUCGUAUCACAUUGCGCUCUAUCUCUGUUUCACGCAGCACGUUCAGUACGUGUACACUGGACGGAGCAUGUUCUUGUCGGACUAUCAAGGCUCUGAAUCCCUUCUCACGGACCCUCAGAUCAUGACCACUCCCGAGAUUGCCAAACAGCGUGGAACUCCAAUGUUUGGCGGUGGCAACGUCAGUGAGCUCUUCAACGUGUUUUGUAACCAACACGUGUGCUCCGAUUAUUGCCGGUUCUUCGGUCUCAAACCCCUUGCUCAAGUCCCUGUUUAA